UACAAUUAUUUGUGGUCGUGUAUCAUAACGCCUUUCGAGAUUGAACAUUGUCGUAUAUAUAAUUGUUAUUAAUAGAGAAAUUCAACAGCGAUGGCGAAGUUAGUGAACCUUUGGGAUGAAGAACAUUCGUACAAGUUGAUGCGAAGACAAAUGCUGUUUGUCGAUGAGAAUCUUAAGAUGGUUAUGGACAUAAGUGAUUUGGGAGCAAUCUGUGAUAGUCCAUUAGUUUGUGGUAAAGAGCUUGAUGAAUUUACCAGAAAACUUAAUAUGCUUACAAAAGAAGAAGUUAAAGCUUCAUUUAAAGUAACAUGCAAGGAUAUGCUUGCAAUCUUAGGUCAAGCAGUACCAUGUGUUGGUUGUAGAAGAAGUGUUGAAAGAUUAUUCCAUGACCUUAUGAAAUCAGGACAUCCAGCAUUAGAUCCAAUGGUAAUUACACCUGAAGGUUUGUUAUCAAUAAAGGAUGAUGUUUUAAAGUCACCACAGCUGCUUUGUACAAUGUUGCAGGGGCAUAGUACUAGGUUAAACAGUUUAGUUGAAGGUCAACCUAGAAAUAAGAAAUCACGAAGAUGUGCACUCCAUUCAUUAGAAAUUCAACGUAUGAGACCUCCUCCAAGUGCAUGGAAAGAAGUAUGGGAUUGUAUGAAGUUUGUAUGUCGGUUAGGAUUUGCUGUGAUAAAAAGUAGUACUCUUGAAGCUACUUUGGAUACAUAUUUACAGAAACAUCGAUUUUGUGGUGAAUGUCGUACAAAGGUAUUGUUGGCAUUUUCUCUGUUAACAACAGAGCCUGAACCAGAAAAGGAAAAAGACUAUGUUGCAUCUUUAUAUGAUGGAAUUAAACGGUGUAUACGUGGUAGGCAUAUACAUAUACCUGUAGAUGACAUGUUUAUGGAUAAGCUUAUGGAACGUAUACAACCAGAACUCAUGGGAAGGGAACGACAUGCGAAAACGUUAGAAAUUGCUCAGGAAGAGGUACUUAUAUGUUUAGGAAUGUGUAUUACUGAACGUUUGCAUAGAAUUUAUAGACGAUUAAAAGAAGAAGAAACUGUAUGCAAAGUAUUAGCUGCUGUUGCAGUAGAUGCAUUGUCUAGGAAUUUUCAAAUGGCUGUAGAAGUUAAACAAGGUGUUUCUCAGUUAGAACUUCUCUAUGAAGAGUUAACAAAAGAAGAAAUAGCAAAACAACAACGACGAGAAAAGUUACGUUUAAAACGCAAAAAGAAGAAAGAACGACGGUAUGAGACAGAAGAGAAAGAAGAUACAUGUGAUUGCUCGAGCAAAAGACAAAAUGGUAAUAGUGACACAUCUUGUGUUUGUGCGGAUUCAAAACCCACAACGCAAAAUAUAGAUCAACAUAAGUUACAAGUAUUAGAUCCAAAAAAUAAGGGACCACCUACAUGUAAAUGCCCAGAUUGUGUAAAAAAAUCCAAAUCUAGUAUAUCACGGUCACAGAGUCAAUCACAAUUAGCAUCUCCUAAAAAAUCGCCAAAUAUGCAAAAAAAUACAAUUAAAAGAAGUUCUUCUGAAUCAAAGGCUAAAAUCCUUAUAAAUCAAACAAAGAAGAGUAAUAUGCCUGUUAAGAAUCUUUCUGAAGAAGAACUGUUUGAUGCCUGCGAGUCGUGUAAGGAUCUUCCGGAAAAAAUUGGAAAUGACCAUUGGCAUAAUUUAGAAGACUGCAAAGAUCCUAUGACUAAAGAAAUAGUAGAUGCUUGGAUUGAAAAGCCAAGUAAGAAAUGCAACAUGUGGAUAGAAAUGAAGAAACGUUUUGAAUUGUCAAUCUCGAAAAGAAAAAGUCGUUCUUCGAGUGAACAAUCAUCACAGGAUUGUGGUUAUUCGUCAGAGCAUAAUAUUAGUAGUUCUUCUCUCCCUAGUACUCCAGAAGGAUCGGAAGCAGCUUGUAGUGAUGGAUGUUGUAAUCAUGAGAGAGAUUGUCGGCCAUCUGAUAAACUUGUUCAUUCCAGUUCUAGUAUCUCAUUAUUAAAAGAAAGGGGUGGGGGUUUAACACUUACACAAAUGUUAGAAGAUUCUUGUUUAUCAGGGGAUGAAGAAAAAGAAAGUUAUAUUCCAGCUGAAGAAGUAUUGGAAUUUAAAUCUCGAAUGUGCCAAGUUCUUGAAAAACGGCAAGAACUUCGUCAAACAUUAAGAAAACGUUUUGCUAUUUUAUGCAGCCAUCCCAAACCCUUUACCAUUCCUAAUUAA